CUAAGUAUUCUGCGAGUGAGACAGUUAUGCCUAUGGAUACCGAUCGACAAAAUCAAUAUAUUAGUGAAUCCCAAUAUUUGGGUCGAAAAGGAUUGAGAGUUCUGGGCUUUGGUUAUGGGAACAAAUUGGAUGACAUGGUGUUCGCGGGAAUGGUUGGCAUUUUAGAUCCUCCGCGACCUGGAGUUAGAGAGUCGAUACGAACUCUUCAGGCCAGUGGUGUUAGUGUUAAGAUGUUGACCGGCGACUCAAUGGACACCGCCUGUGCUAUCGCGACAAGACUGGGAUUUUAUGCGACCGGGAAUUCAGUCAUUUCUGGCCAAGAGAUCGACGUUAUGGACGACCACUCGUUUGCGAUGAGAAUCCCAUCAGUGAGUGUCUUCUAUCGCGUGGGUCCGGCGCACAAACUCAAGAUCGUUAAGGCCUUACAAAAGAACGGCGCUAUCGUCGGUAUGACCGGCGAUGGUGUCAACGAUGGCGUCGCUCUCAAGAAAGCCGACAUUGGAAUAGCGAUGGGAAAGUCUGGAACCGAUGUGUGCAAAGAAGCGGCUGAUAUGAUACUCGUUGACGACGACUUCUUUACUAUCAUGGCUGCCAUAGAAGAAGGAAAAGGCAUUUUCCAUAAUAUUCGCAAU